CAGAACAACAACUUGAUGUUAAGUCAAAACAAGUAGAUAAUUUUCAAAAGAGAAUUUCUAGAAAAAAUAUCCGUUAAAAAAAUAUAGAUCCCGUAAUUUUGUGCCGUUGAUCGAGACUAUUUAAUAACAUGGAUAUAAAACAAGAAGAUAGUGAAAAAACUUAUAAAAUAGAAAUAGAUAAUGAGGCAUUGGUUGAUCCUUUGGAUGGCUUCCAAAUUGAAACAAAGGAAGAACCUAAAACAGAAACUUCAUACGAGACCUUUGAUCAUUCAUACUUAAACGAAUUUCCUGUAAACAUCAAAGUAGAACAAGAUGAACAUAAGUGUACUCCAUUUGAAGAAAAGCCAACAACAAGUGAAGAAAGUUUAUGUCAGAACGUGUUUAAACGAAAUACGAAAGAUUGUAGCUUAUACACAUUGGAAAAAAGUUACAAUUGCGAAAUUUGCUUUAAGGAAUUUAGUGAAGAUGGAAAUUUGAAAAAGCAUUUAACGAUACACACUGAGGAAAUGCCUUAUAAGUGUGAAAUUUGUUUUAAACAAUUUAGUCGAGAUAGAUAUUUGAGAAAGCAUUUAAUGAUACACACUGGAGAGAAGCCUUAUAAAUGUGAAAUUUGUUCUAGGCAAUUUAGUGAAAAUGGAAAUUUGAAAAAGCAUUUAAGGAUACAUACUGGGGAAAUGCCUUAUAAAUGUGAAAUUUGUUUUAAACAGUUUAGUCAAGAUGGAAAUUUGAAAAAGCAUUUAAUGAUACACACUAGAGAGAAGCCUUAUAAAUGUGAAAUUUGUUCUAAGCAAUUUAUUGAAGAUGGAAAUUUGAAAAAGCAUUUAAGGAUACAUACUGGGGAAAUGCCUUAUAAAUGUGAAAUUUGUUUCAAACAAUUUAGUCAAGAUGGAAAUUUGAAAAUGCAUUUGAUACACACUAGAGAGAAGCCUUAUAAAUGUGAAAUUUGUUCUAAGCAAUUUAGUGGAGGUGGACAUUUGAAAAGGCAUUUAAGGAUACACACUGGAGAAAAGCCUUAUAAGUGUGAAAUUUGUUUUAAACAAUUUAGUCAAGAUGGAAAUUUGAGAAGCCAUUUAAGGAUACACAGUGGAGAGAAGCCUUAUAGGUGUGAAAUUUGUUUUAAACAAUUUAGUCAAGAUGAAGAUUUGAAAAGACAUUUAAGGAUACACACUGGAGAAAAGCCUUAUAAGUGUGAAAUUUGUUUUAAACAAUUUCGUCUAAAUGGACAUUUGAAAAGGCAUUUAAUGAUACACGUUGGGGAAAUGCCUUAUAAAUGUGAAAUUUGUCUUAAACAAUUUAGUGAAGAUGGAAAUUUAAAAAGGCAUUUAAGGGUACACACUGAAGAAAAGCCUUACAAGUGUGAAAUUUGUUCUAAGCAAUUUAGUGAAGAUGGAAAUUUGAAAAGACAUUUAAGGAUACACACUGGAGAAAAGCCUUACAAGUGUGAAAUUUGUUUCAAACGAUUUAGUAGAAAUGUCAAUUUGAAAAAUCAUUUACGAAAACACACUUGAGAAAAGCCUUAUAAGUGCGAUAUUUGUUUUAAACGAUUUGGUAAUCCUGAAAAAGCAGUUGACAACGCACACUAGAGAUUAUUAGUUAAAAUACAGAGUGAGUCUGUAAAUUGGAAUAAAUUACAUAAAUAUCUCAGAUACUAUUUUUUUUUGAAAAUUUCUCAGACACGUCGAUUAGUAUUUCAAAUUGUCAUUUUUGACAUACAAUAAUGUAUACAGGGUGUCCCAAUUUAGAGAUACGACGUCAUCGUUGAUUUUCUUAAAUGGCAACACUGUCAUUUUGAUAGCUAUUUUGAUAGGGUGUGUAAAGUUACAUAUAACUGCAAAAUUUCAAAUUUUUAUUCCCUGUCAUUUACAAGAUAAUAAAAAAUAACAAAUUUAUGAAAAACAAGUAAUCAAAUAAUAAUUGAAUUUUGGCAACAUUAUGAGCAUUUGCUUAAUUGAAAUAAUUAAAUUCAAUUAUUAUUUGAUUACUUGUUUUUCAUAACUUUGAUUUUUUUAUUAUGUUGUCAAUGGUAGGGAAUAAAAAUUUGAAAUACGGUAGUUUUGUAUAACUUUACACAUCCUAUCAAAAUGACAGUUUUGCCAUUUAAGAAAAUCAACGAUAACGUCAUAUCUCUAAAUUGGGACACCCUGUAUACAUUAUUAUUGUAUGUCAAAAAUAACAAUUUGAAAUACUAAUCGACGAUUCUGAGCAUUUGUAAAAAAACAAUUAGUAUUUGAAUUAUUGAAUUUAUUCCAAAUUACAGACAUCACUAUCAAAAUGACAGUUUUGUCAUUUAAGAAAAUCAACGAUCACGUCAUAUCUCUAAAUUGGUACACCCUGUAUACAUUAUUAUUGUAUGUCAAAAAGGGCAAUUUAAAAUACUAAUCGACGGGUCUGAGCAUUUUUCAAAAAAAAACGAUUAGUAUUUGAGAUAUUGAAUUUAUUCCAAAUUACAGACUCACUCUGUAUAAAGUAAUUCUAAAAUAAAUAAUGUGUAUACUUAAUUUGUGAAAUUGGUUGUCACUUUAUUAAUCAAUAAAA